AUGAACAAGGUUGAAUUAAAUGGUUCUAUAGAAAUCAGAAAGAAUUUGUGGUCACAAAAAGCUGUUAAACUCUGUGAAAAUCCAAAAUGGCUAGAUAUACAUCCAAUACCAAAUGAUUUGAAUUUAGAAGAUAAUACAAAUUAUAUACUUUAUAAUUUAAGUGAGACACAUUACUCCAAUAAUAAAAGAGAAACAUUGAUAAGAGUUUUUGAUGUUCUUGAAUCUGAUUUAAAAAUUUUAAAUCAAACAGAGUUUUCAGUUCAUAAAUAUUAUAUGGAUUUAAAAUUAUGCAACACUACCAUAUAA